AUGCUCGACGUGGUAGAUUUCAUCUCCGAGAGGGGCGGCAACCCUGAGACUAUCCGCGAAUCUCAGCGCCGUCGUUUUACCAACGUCGAGAUCGUUGAUGAAGUGAUUGCCCUAUGGGAGGAUCAUCGGCAGACACUCUAUAAUGCGACUCAGGUUGGAUCCAGAAUCAACGAAGUUCAAAGGCAAAUUGGAGCGCGGAAGAAGGCUAAAGAAGAUGCUACCGAACUCAUUGAACAGAAGCUUGCGCUUGACAAAGAGAAGAAGGCCCUGCUUGACUCUGCGAACGAGAAAGAAGCUAGCCUAAAAGCGAAGGUUUCCUCCAUCGGGAACAUCGUCCAUGAAUCCGUCCCCGUGAGCAAUAACGAGGACGACAACGAGGUGCAGAAGACCUGGGCGCCCGAGGGGGUUGCGGUGGAGAAGAGAGCAUGCCUUUCGCAUCACGAGGUCCUUCUCCGAUUAGACGGGUAUGACCAGGACAGAGGAGUCAAAGUCGCCGGCCAUCGCGGCUACUUUUUGCGCCAAUGGGGCGUCUUCCUAAACCAAGCGUUGAUCAACUAUGGAUUGGAAUUUCUCGCCCAGCACGCAUACAUUCCCCUACAGACCCCCCAGAUGAUGCUCAAGAAGUACAUGAGCAAAACCGCCCAACUAUCCCAGUUCGACGAAGAGCUCUACAAAGUGCUUGAUGGCGAACCUCAGAAUGAUAAAUACCUCAUCGCGACUUCGGAGCAACCUAUUUCGGCGUUCCAUGCGGAUGAGUGGCUAGUCAAUAACGAUGUACCAAUCAAGUAUGCCGGAUACAGCACCUGCUACCGAAGGGAAGCAGGCUCUCAUGGGAGGGAUGCUUGGGGCAUUUAUCGGGUCCACGAAUUCACCAAGGUUGAGCAAUUCCAGUUGACAGACCCGGAGAAGUCAUGGGAGGCCUUUGAGGAAAUGAUGUCGAUUUCCGAACAGUUCUACCAAUCGUUGGGGCUCCCUUACCGAGUUGUUUCGAUUGUCUCCGGCGCCCUAAACAAUGCGGCUGCAAAGAAGUUGGACCUGGAGGCCUGGUUCCCAUUUCAAGGGGAAUACAAGGAACUCGUGUCGUGCUCUAACUGCACAGACUAUCAGAGUCGGGCUUUGGAGAUCCGGUUUGGCGCCAAAACCCAAACUGAUGCAAAGAAGAAAUACGUCCACUGUUUGAACGCGACUCUUUGCGCGACGACGAGGACGCUCUGCUGUCUGUUGGAGAAUUUCCAGACAGAAGAUGGAUUCAAGGUGCCCGAACCUCUUCGAAAAUAUCUCCCUGGAUCGCCUGACUUCAUUCCAUUUUCCAAGGAGUUGCCCAAGGAGUCAACCUCUCAGAAGACAACAAAGGGGUCGAAGUAA